GCUUGCAUUUGUCGUCUUAGUGACAGCUGUUGGCAGCUGCUUACUUGCCUCAAAUGCCUGGUAGUAUGAGGUGGAGGUCAAUGACUGUUGACUGACUUUUGCGAAUGAUGAGGGUAUUUGCAUCUGGAACCAUGACCUGCGGUUAGCAGACUAAAUCAACGAGACAAGCAUAUGGUCUAGAUUGGAUGUUCAACUGUGAAGAAGACGAUAACUAUUCUUGUACAUAAGUGACUGCUACAAAACCCGCAUCCCGCCUUCCGCGACGACUCAUCAUUGACAAGCCUGCUGACCGUGUGCGCAUCAAACACAAGGCUUGCGGGGCGGCAUGGCCACGAUUGGAGAAGCCUGUAAAGACGGCUAUAAGCAGACUGACAACUGGGCGCAUCAUGGUAUCAAAUGGCUUGAAGAAAUUCAAGAAUACUACCGUGAACGUGCAACGUUAGAGAAGGAGUAUGGUUCGAAACUUCAACAGUUGUCCAAGAAGUAUCAGGAGAAGAGGGUCAAGAAGUCUGGCUCGUUGAGUGUGGGUGAUGCUCCGGCAAUGACACCAGGGUCCCUUGAAAAUGCAUCAUUAACGACCUGGUCACGGAUACUCGAAGAUGCGCGACAACUGGGUGAUGAACGCGUGACACUCAGUUCAGAAUUCACGAUGCAAGUUGCUGAACCCAUCAAAGCGAUGCAUUUCAAGUGGGAGGAUUUCCAAAAACGAGUCGAGAGCUUCCAUGGCAAGUUGGUGGAGGAACGCGACAAGACGUCCAGCAACGUCAAGCAAGUUCAGAAAAAGUACUACGACGGCUGUGCGGUUGUUGAAAAGGAGCGCGCCAAGCAUGGUAGUGCAAAGGCCACGAAGCAGUUGACUGGGUCCAUGGCCGAUAUGAGUAACCUGAAAAACACCUACAUCAUCGCCAUCAACGCAGCAAAUGCACAUAAAGCAAAGUACUACCAUGAGGAUACACCAGAUUUGCUCAACAUGCUGCAAGAUAUGAAUGAAGUACGCGUGCAACGUCUCAAUGCGCUCUGGCAACGCGCCAGUCAAGUGGAGCAAUCUUGCUUGACUCGACAAGGUGGUCAUUUACAGCGGUCUGUGGAUGCGAUUGGUCAGAAUGAUCCAAAGCUUGAUACCAACAUGUUUGUACAGCACAAUAGUGCGCCUUUUCAAGAACCUGCAGCAUUUGGCUUUGAGGCGUGUCCUAUUUGGCAUGAUACACCGGAUCUCGUGACGGAUGAGCCGGCCAAGAUUUUCUUGCAAAAUAACCUAGCACGGUCACGGGGUGAAUUGACGGAGCUCAAAACAACCGUCUCGAAUAAGAAGCGCGAGAUUGACGGAUUGACACGAUUGAAGCAACAACACUUGACUGAUCCAGCAAAACAAGGUGUCGAAACGGUCUUGCAUAACUUGUUGCAAUCUAAAAUGGACGUCGCAUCGCUCGAUACACGCAGGAAUAUUCUUGAGACUGAAGUUGGGACGAUUGUACAGGUGGUGGGCGAUAUUGAUCGAGGUAUGCAGCCGCAUGGAUUCAAAAGUGCUUCAUUCACCAUUCCUACGCAUUGCGAUUAUUGCGGUUCGACCAUCUGGGGUAUGUCCAGGAAAGGCUAUCACUGCAAGGCUUGUGCGUAUAAUUGCCACAAGGCCUGUCAAAUGAAGGUGCCUGCGAAUUGUACAGGUGUGAAGGGUGAGAAGAAGGGCGGUGAUGGCUUACAACGCACCAAUACGGCGGAUUCAGUGUAUGGCACUGGCAAGGGAACGCCUGCUGAGACGAGUGAUGAGGAAUCUAGCGAUGGUGCUAGUUUGCGCAGUACGACACGACCUGCUGUUGCUGCAGCUCGACCGAAUCGCGCACCGGUGCCGGCUGCUGGAUUUGCAAAUGGGAAUGCACACAGCCAUAGCACGCGUGUGCUGUACGCUUACGAUGCUGCUGGAUCUGGUGAAGUGUCCAUCAAGGCUGGUGAUACGGUUACUGUAUUGCAAGGCGACGAUGGCGCUGGAUGGAUACAGAUCAAGAGUGGAGGAGGUUCAAUUGGUUUGGUACCUGCAGCGUAUGUCGAGGAUGCGACACCCAAGCUAGCAGCUGUUUCAGCAGCGCAGACGGGACCGAACUUGGCGCGUGUGCCUAGUUCAGGGUCUGUUGCCUCAUCCCUUACAAAACGACAAGGUCCUGCUGUUGCACCGAAACGAACGGCUGCCAAGAAAUCUAUGCCUGCUGGUCGUCGUGUGCGAGCGUUGUAUGCGUAUACAGCUGCGUCUGGUGAGGAGAUUUCAUUAGUGCCUGGUGAGAUUGUGAUUGUGACUGCUGAGGAUGGUGGUGAUGGGUGGGCGACGGGUGUGUCUGCGGACGGCCAGAGCGGGUUGUUCCCUGCUGCGUAUGCAGAGAGUGCGUGAUUGCUUGGAUGUAUUCUAUGAUGUAUGUAUAUCAAAUAGAUCUAUGCAGUGGCCUGUGUAUGUAAGGAGUCAGGAUGCACUAGUAGUGCAGUGCAUGCUCAAUUGUGCAGUGAUGCGAGGUCAUUGAGGUCAAGGUGUCGCUGG